AUGCCUCCCAAGAAGCAGCAGGCCAGCGGAGGCUCAAAGCCUAAGGAGGACAAGACCUUUGGCAUGAAGAAUAAAAACCGCUCGGCCAAGGUCCAGAAGGAGGUCGCCACGAUACAAAAGCAGCAGGCGCUAGCGGGCAAGUCGCGCGCGGUGCUCGAGAAGGAGAAGGAAAAGGCGAUGCGCGAGAAGGCCAAGCUCGAGGAGGAGAAGCGGAAGAAGGAGGAGGCUGCGCUCAUCAAGCCCGUGCAGACGCAGAAGGUGCCGUUUGGGGUCGACCCGAAGACGGUCCUGUGCGCGUUCUUUAAGGCGGGGACAUGCGAGAAGGGGAGCAAGUGCAAGUUCAGUCAUGACAUGAACGUAGGGCGGAAGGUGGAGAAGAAGAACUUGUAUGAAGACAGCCGGGAGGACAAGAUGAAAGACACGAUGGAGAAUUGGGACGAGGAGAAGCUCCGAAAGGUGGUCAUGUCGAAAGGCGGAAACCCUCGGACAACGACGGACAUUGUUUGCAAAUACUUCAUCCAGGCGAUCGAGACGGAAAAGUACGGGUGGUUUUGGGAGUGUCCGAAUGGGGAGAGCUGUCACUACCGCCAUGCGCUUCCACCGGGCUUCGUCCUCAAAUCGCAGAAGAAGGCAAUCGAGGACGCGGAAAAGGCAAACGCGAUCAGUUUAGAGGAAUUUUUAGAAGUCGAGCGCCACAAACUCGGACCUAACCUGACGCCUGUCACUCCGGAGACGUUUGCCAAAUGGAAGCGAACGCGACUGGACAAGAAGCUUGCCGAAGAGGACGCGCAGAAGAAGGCUAAGGACGAGAAACAUGCGGCAGGCAAGAGCAGCGGAAUGAGCGGAAGAGAUUUGUUCACGUACAAUCCGGAGUGGUUCGAGGACGAAGAAGAGGCGGACGAGGACGACUGGGACCUUGCGAAGUACCGGAGAGAGAAAGAAGACGCGGAUAUUGCUGCCGAGGAGGAACGCAUUCGGAAUCUCCAGCUUGGCGGCGGUGGUACUGUUGCAACUUCGGAAGUCGCUGCCGACGAUGCGGAUGGUGGCACGGUUUGA